CUGCAAUGAGCCCGACGAUCCUUUGGGCCGCUCAUUCGUUUCGUGACUCAGCUUCAAUCGAACCGCAUGGCCAGAUCACCGUCUGAGACUGACAUUGCUAUGAGCACCGCUCUGCCCGCGAGUGAUCGGGGACGAGGCCAUGAUAUGAACUGUCGACAAGGACACCAAACUUGGGGUCAGAGGGAGCUCAGACACGUCAAGGUACAGUUCAGAAGAGCGUGCCAUGUCUGAAAUGCAAAGCGCUGCUCUGAGACGUUCUGGACGAUCGGUCUUGCUUACCGGCUCCUCGGGGCGCCACCGUGAACAUCAUGAUGGAGCAGUCAAGGUCACGACACGAAUCUGCUGCUGGACGUUAGUUACCUGUAGGUACCGGAAAUAUGCGAGCCUGUGCGGCCUGCAUAGGGCAGUCACAACGGCAAUUCUGACUUUUGAGAAGCGGUUGACAGAUGACGGUGGAAAAGCGGGCGACAAGGGAUGUGGACAUGGCCAAUCGGCGAACCUAUCCGAAUUUGCUCUCUAUCCCUCGAUUCCUUCGCUUCUAUUGCUUCUUCCCAACCACGCUGCAUGUGAGCAUCGACAUUCGAUGUUCCCGUUGACAAGCCCCUUUAAUUCGCCAAUUCCUUCUCUCAUGAGACGAGGAAUGAGGUGCGGAACCUUGUCGGUGAGGCCCGGCGUCGUCAGACCUUUUACCCGCCACCGUCCUCACCUGCUCAUGCAUGCCUUGAGAGAAGGUCGUAACAGCAGGGAUGGCUGCGGGGCUCAAUGCGACACCAGGUUUGCUCGACUCUGCACCUGCAUGCUUCUUCUUCGGCUCGUUGUGCACAAAUGGACCGGGCAGGCAGGCACAAAUACUUACCGGCAGGAGUUGCUGUAUAGUCCAUGGACAGACUGUCGAGACGGGAUUUGGCAACUCGAUGAAUAUCUUGCUGGCGACAGGUAAGAUACUCGCUAAUAAGGUCCUCGGGUAGCCAAAAACGGAGUCGGAAUGUUUACAUCAGGUUAUCCAUACAGGGCUGCCCAUUGGCUCGCCGCACCGUCGGCCGUCCAUAGACUCCAGUCAGCGCUCGUUCAUUACGGUAACAUUACCGUUAUCGAGAGUGCUUCACAACAAUCGACCACAGGGUUUCUUCCUGCACUUCAAAACCGCUGUCCGUCAUACGACUCGCUCUCUAAAAGAGCUCCGCUUGAUUGCUGGCAUAAUCGCCUGCUCACGAUUCAUCGUGCUUAUUUCUCGCUGCUCAUUGCUCACUGACUCAGUUGUAUCUACAC